AUGGAAGGCGGCGCCGCCGACCUUCACCUGCACCUCCUGAAGGUUCCGGCAACGGUGACAGAGGAGAACCUAGCCCAUGUCCUGGAGACGCUGUGGAGCACCCGGAACACGGGGGUUAGUUCAGUCCAGAAACGAGAUCUUCAGUCCCACCUCGGCCUUGCUUCGACCGGAGAGCUCGAACCCGUAAUUUCCUACCGAUUAUCUCCCUUUCUUCCUUCUCGCCGAUUGUUGCUUGCUUGACCAGUUAAUAUCGCGGAAGCUCUUUCGUUCUGUUCUUACGCUCGGUCGCUGCUGUUGCAUGCUGUUUGUUGGCUCUGUUUUCUAACUUGGCGAAUAUGAGUGCUCGAUCACGUGGAGAGGCCUUAAAUUUGCUUGAUAAGUCUCCUUGUUCUUGUUCCGGCGUCCACAACUCGGGGAAGAUUUGUGGUUAACUGGCCCGCUGGUGUGUGCAUUCUCCAUACUAUAGCGCAAAUCGUCACUUGUUUGGUGGCGGCGUUUCUCGGGGAACUUUGAACCCUAAUUUCAUCGUUGUGCUUCCGUUCUUCAGUAAUGUUUGUAAUGGGACGGCUGUAUUUAAUAUUUUUUUCGUUCAUCUUGAAUUUUUAUGUUUUAUGUGAAGUUAAUUGUUUAUUUUUAUGACUUACGUUCAUCUUGAUUUAUUGAAGUUUCUUAGAUAUUAAGAUGUGGAAUCUGAUGUCAGGUCCUGGCUUGCCUCCGUUCCAUUAUUAGAAAGUCUGGACGUCAAAACCUCUCUAUGGAUGACAUCCAGAGACUCUUCCCUCAUGAUCUUCCUGUUGUGCUUCAGAGCAGUUUGUUGGUUCUCUUUCAGAGAUACCAAAGUGAAUGGAAGGAGGAAGCAUCGAGAGACCAGGUACCUUCCAUGUUGCUGAUAUGUAACAGUUCAGAUGUAUGUUCAUCUAACAUCUCAUUGUUGGAGAAGAAAUCAUCCUCUGUCUGUUAAGUUAACUGCUUUUUCUCAGGCGUCUCAUCGUUUGACAAAAUGCUCAUCUUUAUGUACCUUCAAUUUUUUCAAGGGUUUGCUUCUGACCAUGAAAGAGGGAUGGGAACAAGUCCAGUCGGACAUAAUCUUUCUUGCUUGCUGAUCACCACCAUCUCUAUGGAGUCUGGUGAUCAUUUCAAUGUUUGUCGACCUUCUCUUAUUGGAGAAUAAGAUAGAGGCUUUGAAUUUUUUUUUAGUGAUGAAGGAAUAACUAUGAACUAAUUUAUGAUUGAUUGAAAGCAUUCUACUUGGCAAGCCCAUGCUCACUUGCUGUUAGCACAUAGAAUUUGACGACUUUAUGAAUGCUCUUCAAUUAGAAUAUUAUGCGUACUGAUUUUGAUAUGAUGUUUUUUCCAUCUUUUCUUAGCCUCUGUGGCAACAAACAAGGAUCUCACAUCAGGCGAAAGUCAGCACAUCACCAGCUUUUGUUCCCUUCACAGCUUCAGAGAAGUUGUCAUCCAUAUGGCCACGGAAAGAUGACGUAACAUCUUGCUACAGCAAUAGUAGCAGUUGUCCUGCACCAGCUGGUGAUCCAGAUCUUCCACACAUGGCCUCUGUUCCCCUGGACGGUGGCUUCUCCAAUAACAAGGUAUGCUGUAAAUCUUGGAUUGGACUCUCGUUGACCUUUCUUUUAGGUUGAUGAGCUGGUGGAUUCACACUGCGCAGAAAAAAUGAUGUGAAUGGUCCUGUAUCUUAUCCUUGAAAUUAAAUUUCUGCACAUCUUUCCAGUUUUUAGUUAUUUUGCAUAUUUUUGGUACAUGCUAUUUAUUCAUAAGAUCAUAGAUUUCCAAAUCCUGAAAGAUGGAAAAAUGACCACAGUGGCAUCUCCUUAGCGAUUGGCGUUUAUUAAAAGAGGGAAAUAAAGGAUUAUUCAGGCAUGAAAUGGAGUGUUGGAUAUCUGAUAUUCCGAUCGCUCUUGUUUCCAGGGAAAUCUUCCUUGUCUGAAGUCAAUGACGUGGACCAUAGAGAAUCGACAUUCAGGACCUUCUGAUCGGGUGGCGGUCAUUUGCUUGAAGGUAUGGCUCCUUGAUGCUUCCUUGUACAGUCAAAUAUCGCCAAACUGCAGCGGCGCGCUACAGUGAGCGCAAAUGAGAUAGAAGAAUGAUCGAAAUAGGAUUCUUCACUGCCACAUUCCAGAAGGUUCCCAAAUCAUUGUUCUUCAUGAAAAAUAUAUUUGCGCUGUGUUAUGGAUCAAAUGAGAAUACGUUGUAUUAUUAUUUGAUCACGAUCGUAUGAGUCUUUAUCUUUCUUUUCUUUCUUUUUUUUUUUGCUACUACCGACGCAAUUAUGGAGAGCCAUAUAUCUUGAGAUGAUCCAUCACUCAAGUACCAGUUCCAAAAUAUCGUAGGAUUGAUUAACAUUAAAGCUUUUAGUGAGAGAGGGUUUCCUCGUAACGCAGCGCUUGUUACUGGGUAAACUUUGUCUUUCUCAGCAGCCUCAUUCAGUAGUUAUGGAAAUCGUGUGCGAUUUACUAAUUCUUUCCAUUAAUCUUUCUGCAUCCUCCACCUUUGCUCUUUGUUAUCUUUUAACACUUUUUCUCUCUUGCAGCUGCAAGAUUAUACAAAGUCUCCCUCGGGUGAGGUCGAGGUCAAGUUCCAACUUUCCAGAGACACUUUGGAAGCUAUGUUGAGAUCAAUGACGUAUAUCAGUGACCAGCUCUCGAGCUCUGUAAGGGCUUCACAUUCCUCCCUUUUCUUAUCUUCAUCGUUUUAUCUUUUAUGA